CUGUUAACAUCUUCUGUGCAGUACAUUGUCGACAGUUCAUUGUCAACUACUGCUUAAAAAUGUUUUUCUCGAAUGUAAUCAAAGCUAUUACGAUCCUCUCGGUUUUGGGCAUUACGUAUGGCCAGCUGCCGGUGGGUACUGGUUAUGAUGUUCACUGUUUGCCAGCAAAACUGUUUGAGCGUGGAGGAUUGAUGGGUCAUAUUGAAAUAGAUGGGCAUAGAUUGGCUCUAAUGUCGUUACUUCCUUAUGAAGCUUAUAAAAGACAAUGUUCCAAAAACGAAGUUCCAGCUUUAACCUUUCCAGUUGGCCAAGUAGGAAUAUUUCCACCUAAAGAUAUCAAAGAGACGAGUGACCCAAACGCCAUUGAGGAAACCCCGAUAACAGGAUGGCCAGCCAUAACACCUAGUAGAGACACAAAAGAUAAUAUUCCAACAAUGAUUCCCAUGGAUCAUUCAAAAGGAUGGCCUUCACCCAUAAUUCAACGUAAUAUAGGAUAGAAAAUUGGAACAUCAAUGACUACGAACCAAAAAUGUAAUUAAUAAUAAUUGGAAUAAUUGGAUGUUAUAAUAUAUUAAUAAUAAUAUAUACUAAAAAUAGUUGGAAUAAUGUUGAAUAAUUGAAUGUCUAUGAUACAUUUUCGUUAUUAUUUAU